GAACAUAUACCAAUCGGGAUCGAAGUUCCUUAAAUCAUUAACCAUUGCGUCUUGGGAGGAAGCGCGAGUGCUCGAAUCACUUCAAUCAGGAAAAAAUGUUGAAAAUGAUAUUUGUUUUGUUCACUUUGCUGUUUUUCCGAAUAGAAUGUAAACCAAUAAAAGUGACGGAAGAAAACUGGUCAGAUGUUCUUGAAGGUGAAUGGAUGAUAGAAUUCAUGGCUCCCUGGUGCCCUGCAUGUAGAGGAUUUGUAGCAACAUGGGACAAAUUUUCUGACUGGAGCAAAGAUUUGGAAAUUAAAGUAGGAGUAGUUGAUGUUACAGAAAAUCCAGGUUUAAUUGGAAGAUUUUUGACAGCUGCUUUGCCUUCAAUUUAUCACAUUAAGAAUGGAGAGUUUCGUCAGUACAAAGGAGGAAGGAAGGAGGCUGAACUGAUCAGCUUUGUAGACGACCAGAAAUGGAAGGAACUGGACCCUAUUCCCUGGUAUUUCUCUCCAGCCUCAAUCCAAAUGGCAGGACUGGCACAGUUCUUUAAAGCUGCUAUGGCAGUCAGGGAUCUUUACAAUUCUAUGACAAAGGAUUAUGGGAUACCAGAGUGGGCCUGUUAUGUCAUCUUUGCCAUUGCAACCAUCCUUGCAGGGUUGAUUCUUGGAUUGGUGAUUGUAGUGUGUUGUGAUAUGAUGCUGCCAUCCAGAUAUGUCCCUUCAUCAGCAGAAGAACCUGAACCUAGUUCACAGGGGGUGGCCUUACAAAAGGAGGAUGAAGAUGCCGAUGGUGAGGAAUCAGAAACGGACAUUGUUGACGUCACUAAAACGGCGGAAAAAGACACUGAUACCAAACCAAGGAAAAGGAGGGUGAAAAAAGCAGACUGAUUUCAUAGACAUCAUAUGUGAAAGUCCCCUGAGGGGUAAAAUGUUUUCAAAAUGGAGUAAAUGCAAAUUAAUGAGAGUGUUUGAUUUCCCAAAGACAUUCAUCCCAAUGAAGAAUGUGUGGCUUAAUUUUAUGAAUUUUCUUUUUGUUGGUUUGUGAGUGUAUUUAAGUUUUAAUCAGAGGGGUGAUUUUAAUGCUUGUUCCUAACAUUUUGUUUGUUUUAUAUAUGUUCAGUGAAUAUGAAGUAUUCUUAUGUUGAAUGUAGAAAAUGAUUCAAGUCAGAGCGUGCCAAUACUUAACCUAAAAUUUUACUGUUGUAACUUGUUUAAGUAAGAAUUUAUUUUAAGGGUGAAAAGUUGCAAUGUAAACAGAAACAUCUUAUUAUUCUUAGUUGUUUAGUUUAACAAAAACCUGCCUUUUUCUGAUCUGAACAUGAAAUGUGUUGAUUUUAAAAUUUUAUUAGGUCACCUGAGUAACUCAGGUGACCUAUUGCUAUCCGUUUUCGUCCGUCGUCGUGCGUCGUGUGUCGUGUGUCGUGUGUUAAAAUUUGAACAUUUUCAGCUUCUUCUCUGAAACCACGGAACCAAUUUCAACCAAAUUUGGUAUACAGCAUCUAUGCGUGGAGGGGAACAAAAAUUGUGAAUUUCAUGGUCCCCGCCCCCCUGGGGCCUGAGGGGUGGGGCCAAAACCACUAAAAUUAAUGAAACUUUUAAAAAUCUUCUUCUUUACUCCUGGACAUCAAGCAGGCAAACUAUUGGCAUGAAUGUAAUGAGCAUUGAGUCCUCUACCAAAAUUGUGAAAUUCAUGGUCCCAGGGUCAGGGGUUCUAGUGCUAGGGUGGGGCUCUAUAGAUUAUAUAGUGAAAAUGCCUUAUUUCUUUGAAAAUCUUCUUCUCUGCUCCUGGGUAUUAAAUACACAAACUAAGCACAUAGUUAUGAUGAGCAAGAGUGCUUCUUCCAGAUUUGUGAAUUUCAUGGUCCCAGGGCCAGGGGUUCUGGUGGUAGGGCGGGGCUCUAUAGAUAAUAUGGUGAAAAUGCAUUAUUUCUUUGAAAAUCUUCUUCUCUGCUCCUGGGUAUUAAAUAAACAAAUUAAGCACAUAGUUAUGAUGAGCAAGAGUGCUUCUUCCAGAUUUGUGAAUUUUAUGGCCCCAGGGUCAGGGGUUCUGGUGUUAGGGCAGGGCUCUAUAGAUUAUAUAGUGAAAAUGCAUUAUUUCUUUGAAAAUCUUCUUCUCUGCUCCUGGGUAUUAAAUACACUAAAUAAGCACAUAAUUAUGAUGAGCAAGAGUGCCUCUUCCAAAAUUGUGAAUUUUAUGGCCCCAGGGUCAGGGGUUCUGGUGUUAGAGCGGGGCUCUAUAGAUUAUAUAGUGAAAAUGCAUUAUUUCUGUGAUGAACAUCUUCUCUGCUCCUGGGUAUUAGAUAAACUAACUAAGCACAUAGUUAAGAUGAGCAAGAGUGCCUCUUCCAAAAUUGUGAAUUUUAUGGCCCCAGGGUCAGGGGUUCUGGUGUUAGGGUGGGGCUCCAUAGAUAAUACAGUGAAAAUGCAUUAUUUCUUUGAAAAUAUUCUUCUCUGCUCCUGGGUAUUAAAUACACUAAAUAAGCACAUAGUUAUGAUGAGCAAGAGUGCCUCUUCCAAAAUUGUGAAUUUUAUGGCCCCAGGGUCAGGGGUUCUGGUGUUAGGGUGGGGCUCUAUAGAUUAUAUAGUGAAAAUGCAUUAUUUUUUGAAAAUCUUCUUCUCUGCUCCUGGGUAUUAGAUUAACUAACUAAGCACAUAGUUAUGAUGAGCAAGAGUGCCUCUUCCAAAAUUUUGAAUUUUAUGGCCCCAGGGUCAGGGGUUCUGGUGUUAAGUCGGGUCUCUAUUGAUUAUAUAGUAAAAAUACAUUUAUUCUUUGUAAAUAUUUUUCUUUGCCUCUGGGUUUAAAGCCAAUGAUCCAAGUAUAUAUAUAUUUAUGAUGAAGAAAGGUGCAUGUAGCAAAGUGGUUUUUAAUGCCCCCAGGGUCAAAGGGGGGGGGGGGGGGUGGUUACAUAGCCUGAAAAUAAAUUAAUGCUUUGAAAUCUGCUGUUUGGUAUUAAUCAACCAUUUUAUGAUAAAAUUUGCAAAAGUUUGAAAUAUAUGGCCUGGGUCAGUGGUUCCUUUGGGGUGAGGUGCACAACUGGUUAUAAAGUGGAAGUGCCUUUUCUCUUUGUUACUCUGAUCUAUCUCUGGGUCAAAGGGGGGGGGGGGGUACAUAGCCUGAAAAUAAAUUAAUGCUUUGAAAUCUGCUGUUUGGUAUUAAUCAACCAUUUUAUGAUAAAAUUUGCAAAAGUUUGAAAUAUGUGGCUCCAGGGUCAGUGGUUCCUUUGGGGUGAGGUGCACAACUGGUUAUAAAGUGGAAGUGCAUUUUCUCUUUGUUACUCUGAUCUAUCUCUGGGUAUUAAGUAAAUAGAGUAAGCAUUCUAAGUUAAUAAUUAUGAUAAGCAAUGGUGCCUCUUUCAAAAUUGUAAAUUGUGAAUUUCAUGGCCACCGGUUUAAACACGAACCAAAUUUAAUUGUUUGAAAGUUGUUACACAAUACUCAGGUGACCUAUAAGGCCCGUGGGCCUCUUGUUUUAUAAGUAUGUAGUACAUGUAGUAACUAAGUAAGUGAUUUCUUCUAUACAUUUAUAUUCAUCAGAUUAAUUAUUCUUGUACUCAUAGAAGUGACUGAAAAAAAUUUAAGUUUUAUAAUGUUGCAGUCAUUACCAUUGAGUAGUAAUACAUGUAUGUAUGGGAGUUUUUUUGUAUGAAUACUAAAUGAAUAUGACUGUGAUUUUGGUACUGGUAUAAAUGUUGUACUUUGAUACACUUAUGUAAUUUUUUAACCCACCAGUCUAUUCUUUAUGCAUAUAUAUAUUUUUAUUUUCAUUUAUAAAAGAAAAAAAAAUUGGCAAACAGACUUUGUAGCCAUUAAGAUAUUCAUUGAGCUAGAUUCAUUAGUUAUCGUAAUUUUAUUUUUGCUUAAUUCUGACCCCUGGAUCAGGAAACUUUAUAAACUAAAACUAAUUUUAAUAAGUAAACAUGGACAAUUGGUAUAAACUGUCGUGCAGAUACCUUGCCCAAAUCCUUUCAUGAUCCUGAGACCAGGUUUUUCUAACUUUGGAAUGUUUUAGCAGUUCUCUUAAAAUUUUAAGCCUUAUAAAUCCUGUUUUAAGACCAAGUUAUAUUUUUACCUUACCUUCCUUUAUUUGUGAAAAGUAGAGAACCACAUAUAGAUUACAAAGCAUGCAAAAACAUGCUUUUUGUUCUACCACUACACACUGGAAGUAAACUUUUUUUUCAUUUGUACAUGGGGUAUUGAGAGAACACAUACCCAUCUGAUUUGCUUUUAUUGUGUUCUAUGCAAGUGUUAAUAAAAGAAAUUGUACAAUUACAUGAUUUUUUUUU